CUACUCUGAAUAGAUUCAAAUCCGCCCUCUCUCUCUCUCUCCCCUCUUUUGUAGUCUCAUCUUUCUUUCUUUCUUUCUCCUCUGAAACUACGUGCUUUUUCUUCACUCAAAACCUUGCAAAUCACAGCAAAAUAGCCCUAAAAAGCUCCGUAAUUCUCAUUCCUGUUCUCUCUAGUAAGCUCUCUCUGUGGACAUUUUCACUCUCUCUCUCUCUCUCUCUCUCUCUCUGCUUCUAAUGGACGGAGGAGCUCAGUACAAUCCUCGCACUGUCGAAGAGGUUUUUAGGGAUUUCAAAGGUCGACGAGCCGGCAUGAUCAAAGCUCUCACCACAGAUGUUGAAGAGUUUUAUCAGCAGUGUGAUCCUGAGAAGGAAAACCUGUGCUUGUAUGGAUUUCCAAGUGAGCAAUGGGAGGUCAAUUUACCUGCUGAAGAAGUGCCUCCAGAACUCCCAGAGCCUGCAUUGGGUAUUAACUUUGCCCGAGAUGGGAUGCAGGAAAAGGAUUGGUUAUCCCUUGUUGCUGUCCACAGUGAUGCAUGGUUACUUUCUGUCGCCUUCUAUUUUGGUGCUAGAUUCGGAUUUGAUAAAGCUGACAGGAAGCGACUUUUCAAUAUGAUAAAUGAUCUUCCUACAAUAUUUGAAGUUGUUACUGGUGCUGCAAAGAAACAACAGAAGGAGAAAUCUUCAGUCUCAAAUCAUAGUAGCAACAAAUCCAAGUCAAACUCUAAAGUGCGGGGAUCCGAAUCUCAAACAAAGUUUUCAAAGCCACAGACGAAAGAUGAAGAGGAGGGUUUGGAUGAGGAAGAUGAAGAUGAGCAUGGAGAGACCUUGUGUGGGGCGUGUGGGGAGAACUAUGCAUCGGAUGAAUUCUCUCUCUCUCACAGUAUCACUCUCUUUCCUUUCUUUUUAUUUUAAUCUUCCCAUUCCCUUUUCUCCUUAUUAUUCUAUCCUCUUUUCCAUUCUCCAUCCAAAACCAUUAUCACACAUCCACCGCCCAUAUCCCCCACUUUCUUUAUACCCAUCUUUUCUUUUAUUUUAUUAUAUAUAUAUAUAUAUAUUAAAAUAAUCACUCAUAACAUCAAACCCCUCUGCUGGUUCCACCCAUGUGAGCUUGUCCUCUCUUAUUAUUAUUAUUAUUAUUAUUAUUAUUAUUA